AUGGAGGGAAGUCAGCAAGGAGAUGGCGGUGAGGGGGUGGCCGGGCAGGAGCCGGGUGGUGGGGGGCUGCGGCUGAGGAGGGACAUGGGCCUGUGGAGCGCUGUGUCCCUGAUUGCUGGCUGUAUGAUCGGCUCUGGCAUCUUCAUGUCUCCACAGGGGGUCUUGGUCUACAUGGGCAGCCCCGGGGCCAGUCUUGUGGUCUGGGCACUCUGUGGCCUUCUGGCCACCCUGGGUGCCCUGUGCUAUGCUGAACUGGGGACCCUGGUUCCCGAGUCUGGAGGGGAAUAUGCCUACAUCCUACGAACCUUUGGGUCUUUACCAGCCUUCCUGGUCAUCUACACGUUUGUGCUGGUGGGCAGACCAGCUGCCAUCGCUGCCAUCUCUCUGAGCUUUGCCGAGUAUGUCACGGUCCCCCUUUACCCGGGCUGCUCCUCACUGCCCCAGGCUGUGCUCAAGGGUGUGGCUUCCACCUGCAUCCUGCUGCUGAUGCUGGUCAACUACUGGAGCUCGAGGAUGGCUACCAUGCUGAUGAACGUGUGCACGAUCACCAAGGUGCUCUCCUUGCUGGUCAUCGUGGGUGGUGGCGCCGUGGUGCUGGGCCAGGGCCGUGGCCGCAUGCAAGCCCUUCUAUUCGCCUUCCACAACACAUCGCAGCAGGCCGGGCACAUCGGCAUGGCCUUCUACCAGGGCCUGUGGUCCUUUGAUGGCUGGAACAGCCUCAACUGUGUGAUGGAGGAACUCAAGAAUCCAAAUCAGAACUUGGUGUGGGCGCUGAUGAUUGCCAUCCCCCUUGUUACUGGCUUGUACAUCCUGGUCAACAUCAGUUACCUGCUAGUGUUGUCGCCCCGCGAGAUCCUUUCCUCUGAUGCUAUGGCCGUGAGCUGGGGGAACCAGGUUCUGGGGGCCUGGGCCUGGCUGGUGCCCUUGGCUGUCGCACUCUCCACGUUCGGCUCUGCCAACGGGACGUUCUUCAGCGGAAGCCGUGUGUGCUAUGUGGCUGCGAGAGAGGGCCACAUGCCCCGACUUCUGUCUAUGGUUCAUGUGCACCGCCUCACACCAGCUCCAGCCCUGCUGUUCACCACCAUGGUGGCUUUGGUCCUGGUCAUCCUGGGAAGCUUCAGCCCCAUCGUGAACUUCUUGAGCUUCCUUUCCUGGCUCACCUACGGAACCACCAUUAGCUGUCUCCUGUACUUGCGGAUGAAGAAGAAGAGUCUUCCCCGACCUUACAAGGUCCCCACCAUCAUCCCUGCCAUCAUGCUCCCUGCCUCCCUCUACCUGGUGCUAGCACCCAUCAUUGACCAACCUCAGACAGAUUUCCUGUACGUCCUCCUGUUCCUGCUCAGUGGCUUCCUGGUCUAUUUCCUGUUUGUCUACUUCCGGUGCCAACCCAAGUGUUUACAAGUGGCUACCCUGCAUCUCCAGCUGCUCCUGGAAGUUGUUCCAACCACUAAAAAUGCUGACUGAAGGACUGAACAGGUCCACACUGCCCUCUUUGCUGUAGACACCUCUGUCCCCACACAAGUGGCCUUGCCAACUUCUCUGGAUUGACUAUGCAUAAUUAUACUAAGUUUCUAAAUUGCUAUGACACAGCUAUUGCCAAGUUUGGGGUUAUCUGCCCAGGACAGCAUCUUCUUUAGGAACUGUUCCUUCAACACAGGUGGAUCUCAUAGCCACACUUGUAUUACAUGACUGCCUCCCUGGGUCACAUCUAUGUCAUAUUCCAGGUGGGCAUCUUAACAAAUGUUUUCUUCUUUUGGAAUUUUGGGAUUAGAAUUCUGAUGGUUGCUUGAGCUGAGGAAUUGUAAAUCUUGGGAUCUCUGUGGGCCAUCUUCCAUCAUGUGAGCAGAGAAGUAGAGAAAGCCACCACGGAGAGAAGAACGAAGAAGAUACACAGUGAGGUGGUGCUGAGAAAUUGUGUGGUCAUCAGGAGUUGGGGGGAAAGCCUGAGAGGGCAGUAGCCUUAAUCCUUGGCUGUUUUUCAGUUCUGGACUUUUAUUUCUGUGGUCUAACUGCCAUCUGACUGUCCUUCCUGCUUUGUGAUUGUCUGGGGCAACCUGAUACCUUAUAAUAAAUUUCCAGUUUGGGCUAAAGUGGGUUUGAACACGUCCUUAUUUCUUGCAACUAGAAAAGCUUUGGUCUGACAAAACUUGUUUGGGAAGACGUGAUCCUUUAGUUAAUGUUUAAAGCUGCCAACUUGCUUGAACAGGGAAAGAAACAAGAGACAUAUCCCUGGGAAGGAGGGGUUUUGUGGCUUUGGGUAAAAGGGAGGACAGUCAAAUUUCUUAAAGAAAGGAAGAAAAGUUAGAGCAGAUCCCAGAAGGCUCAUGCGGUUACAGAACUAAAGAGCGUCAAGGGGGCAGAGAUAUCUGGCUGCCCAGGUAGGAAAGAGGGACAGGAAGAAAUGACUGUUGCACCUAAGUGCGUGGGGAGAGGUGACUCCAAGAGGAGCGGCAGAGAGCGCUGCAUCUCUUCUCCUGAAACUGGACCUAGGAUGCCCGCCCAGGGCUUUGCUCUCUCAGCUUUCCGAUAUGGAAACGGCUGCGAUAAAUACAGAGCACUUCCCAUGGGCUUCCUUUUGCUCUACCAUCUCGGAAAUACAUGCCCUUAGGAAACAUCUUUUUUAUAGACUAAAGUUUAUAUUUGUAUACUUAUGCUUUUAAUUUUU